UAUAGUAGCACACGGAUAGACUGAGUCUCAUUCCCUCUCUCUUGAUAACAUGGUUACGAUAGUGUUUGAGAUUGGCGACUGUUCAUGUGAAACAUGGCACAGGCCAGCUUGCCUGGCAGUGAUAUUGGGGUAUUGGCAGAGAACGAGGUUUCUAGUACCAUGGCUACUAACAGUCAGGUGGUUGUCCAAAUUCCGGACUCGGUCAGUGACCUGACAGUGGGGAGCAGCGGCAUCGAAAUGUCUCUGUCUGUCCCUGAGGGCCUCAUCUCCUCAACAGCACCAGGAGGUUUACGAACUACAGAUAACACAACCCUUCAAGGUCUGUUAUCUCACUCUGUGACUGUGUCGGGACAUCAGCUGAUUGCUCAACCAGACGGGAUACAGAUUAUCGCAGUAGCCAACCCUGACUUCAUAACGUCUGCUACAGGGGACAACACUAACCGUGUGUGGCAGAUAGUACCGGGAACAAGUCCAGAGAUAGCCACUAUAGUGGCUGUACAAGACACUGAAUAUGAAGCUCAAGAGGUGACACAAAUGGGCUCCCAGGAGACAAGUUCUAAUGAAGUGUCCAGCAUGGUGUCCUCAGAGUCCCUGCCCACUCUCCUCAUCCCUCAGCCCUCAGUCCCUCAGGUUCUACCCCCGAAAUGUCCGGCCUGGGCAGCCAGACUCAAGAACUGUGAGCAAAUUGGUGAUUAUUACCGUGGCUAUGUGGAUAGUGAAGUUGAGUUGGACUUACUGCUAACAUACCACAAACAACAGACACAGAGUUUCUGGGGUACGCGGCAAUCUCCUAGUCAGUCACGUAUGUCCACCCGACUCAUGUGGAAGUCCCAAUACGUUCCCUUUGAUGGUAUUCCUUUCAUCAACACAGGUAGCCGAGCAGUGGUGAUGGAGUGUCAAUACGGACCCAGGAGGAAAGGCUUCUCCCAGAAGAGGGAACAACCCAGCCAGCUAGUGUUCACAUCACCACACACAGUGGAGUACAACACUCAGUAUGAGAAUCCUUCUGCUGGCACAACUGGCUUCAAAAAAACCUGCCCUGCAAGGAUAUACAUUAAGAAGGUGAAGAAAUUCCUGCAGUUUGCUGUUGAUCCGAACCAGGAGAAGAAACUGUUAAAAACAGCCAUGGACAAAUCCUUCCAGGCUUUGAGGGGCAGACUGCUGGAUGUACCUGGCCAGGAGAGGUUUUACGUACAGCUGCCCACGGACAAAGCUCAUGAAUUCCACACAACAGGAAGCCGGGAAACCACUGAUGAGCAGUCUGGUCAGAGACUUCAUCCUCAAGUGGCAACCAAAAUCCGAGAGUUGGUCGCCUCCGGAGAGACUCGGUUGUAUGCAGUCAGGAAGGCUGUGAGGAAUUUUGUAAGCAGGGUUCUUUUCUCAGGAUCCACUGAUCAACCUGAGCGACAUGACCUGAGCUACUUCCCUACUGUCAAUGACCUUAAAAACCACAUCCAUCUAGCCAUGACCGACAUAGAGAAUGGGACACUAGCCCUAACGGCACCUACGGUGAACCUGGAAGUGCUACCAUCUACUGAUGGGGUCUCAGAUGACCAGGAGGUGACCGAGAUUAAACAGGUGGACAACACACUGUGGACAGGUCAGCCUGGGGCAGAGGGGGACGGGCCUACCCCGGAGACUGUCACUGUCACCCUCACCCAACACCCAGGGGAAGAUGGUCAUCAUGUGAUAUCGAGGAUAGAGACCCAUUUGAGUGAUGGGACAACCCAGAUCAGUAACACAUUGACCCCAGAGACAGCUCAGCUCCUCUCUAAUCUCCACCCGUCUAUGUUCCCAGGGGGCUGUGGGGGCGUGGUUAAGCUCCAGUCCUCUCAAGUUCAGUCAUCACAGGAGAGUGCCGAGAGUGCCCCAUCAGAGCAGCCAGAAGAGACAAGUGACAUUGAACAGCCGACUGAAACUCUGCCCCUGGGGACCAUAGAGAUGACAUCUGGAGAGACGGGGAUGAUGGGUGUGGCACCAACAGGGGAAGAGGCCUUAGAUGUAAAGCAGGGUGAUGGUGAAGCAAACAUCUCCACAGAUAGUGCAAUGGAACAGCUGGUUGCUGAUGCCCCAGAGGUUGCCUUGUGAUGUCACCAGUCCCCCUUUUGUUCAGUAUCACAAUUCAGGGAAAGCAGUUAAAAGAAGAUUUAAAAACAGGAAUUAGUUGCACAGAUUCUAUUUUGCACUGUUCUCGUAACUCUCUAACACUUGUUUUUAAUAUUGCAAUAUACCAUAUUUCAAAUAGUGGAGGGGCCUCCGUGGCUCAGUUGGUUAGCGCGCUAGCACAGCGUAAUGACCCAGGAGCCUCUCACCAAUGCGGUCGCUGUGAGCUCAAGUCCAGCUCAUGCUAGCUUCCUCUCCGGCCGUACGUGGGAAGGGCUAUCAGCAACCUGCGGAUGGUCGUGGGUUUCACCCGGGUUCUGCUCGGUUUCCUCCCACCAUAAUG